AUGGCUGGCCCAGUCGCCGCAACGAAGAGCACACUGGACGCGGAAUUGACCCGGAAGAACUCGAUCGACUCUGCUAUUUCGGCAAUAUCAUCGCAAGCUCCGUCAACGCAGAAUGGAGGGCAGGAUGCGUCGUAUGCGUCCUCGGACGUGGCUGCUCUUGUGACCAAGGCUGGGAGCGCCGAGGCGGUCAUACAAAGUCUCUUGAAGGACAAGCACUCGCAGGCUCAGCAGAACAGCCAGCUCUGGCGACUUGUGGAUAAGCAAAGAGCCAUGAUCCUUGGCCUGAACAAGGACCUCGAACGUGCUCUCAAGGAAAAGGAAAGAUACAGGGCUAAAUUGAAGGAAGCCCUGUCGGGCCCAAAGCCAGCAGGAGCUGACAUGGGACGACAAGAUUCGCAGAUUCUCUCUGGUCCCAGCUUACCACAACUCGAUGUCAAAGGGGCCACGGAGGUGUUCAAUAACCAAACGGAAUCCCCAAUGUCAGAUUCGCCAAUUCAGACCAUUUCUCCUAUCAACACUGUCCUUGCGCCGUACCCAACAUCACCUCCACUGGGCGGAUUCACGACGGAUAUGAUCACGGCGGAGCCAGCCGAGGCAAUGCCAAUCCCUCAAGAGCACGCUUACGGCCAGUAUGAUCACGACGCUGAUGAGAGAGCGGCUGAUCAAAACCGUAAGCAAAAGGCCGAACAGCAACAGCCCCAUGGGCUGCACUACACGAGCGCUCUACCACCAUCUCGUGGACUGCCGCCAGAUCCACCUAGGGGCCCGCCACCGAAUCCGCCCAACCGAUCAGCUCCCAAUAUGUCUGUAGUGGGAGCAACACCACAAGUGGACGAGGGUAUCUCGAGUUUUCCAACCCCACCUAGAAAAGCGCCGCCUGCACCCUUACAGUUACAACAGCAUACUGCACACGAGAACGCAAUCGACGAUGACACGGACUCGGAUCUCGACGACAUUCUCGAAGUGGGCGAACUAGGCCAGAAACGAGGCCGCAGGCGAACACGCGCGGAAGAUGACAGGGACCGCGAGAUACGUGCCUGGAAAGAGGCCGAGGCAAGAAGCGCAUCAAAGAAGAGCAGCACAAGCAAGCCCACGUCGCCCGUUGAGCCAUCACCCCCUAUUGUUUCCGGAGCGCCUCACAUAAUCACACAAGAAGUUGGCACCGCUUCACUUGCUGCUGUCUUAUCAGGGGGCGAGCGUAGCAGGGAACUCAUGAUGCCGCCCAUCAUGAGUCCAGGUCUUCCCGCGAGCCCGAGACCUGGUGCAACGACCAAGGGGACUAAUCUUCAGUCACCUCCUCUUUCGCCACGGACUAUGGGUAAUUACCCAGCAGCGCCGCUGUCGCCACGGCCACCGCGGGCACCGAUACCGCUUCCACCGAACACGCCGCUUGCGACACCUGCGGCCGGCCAUGGGGACACCGUGACCAAGGAACCAACGCACGUCGCGGCUCAUUCAAGAGAGCCAGGGCCCUCAACGAACUCGACCAGGAGUCGCGACAGUCCAGUCGAAAGAACACAAAUAUAUAAAGGAUUGACAACUGAAGAAUAUCCCGAUCUUCUGCUGCCGCCCAAUGCUCUUCCCUCUAUCACUAUGCAAGUGGCGUCGUCGCGGAUGAAACCAUCGCGCGCAAGUCUCAUGUCCUUGACCCAGCUAGAAGAGGAUCCUGUCUUUACUUUGGCCAUCAUCUCGAGAUCGGAUGGCGGCGAAUUGUGGCGCGCCGAGAAAGACUCGGCUUCGCUACUCAAGCUCGACAGCAGACUCAAGCAAUGUGCUGCGUUUACUGCCACCACCCCUGAUCGGUCACUCUUUGUCGGCCAUGCGCCAGCAAAGGUGGACGCGCGCCGGGCCGCGCUGGACCACUACCUGGAUGAAGUACUCAACACACCCUUUGACCUUGCCACAGCACUGGACCUGUGCAAAUACCUAUCGACAAACACGCUACCACCCAACACCGAUGAGAUGGGCGGUUCUGUUAGCGGCAGUGUCGAAGGAAGUUCUCAUAUGAUUGGGCCCGAUGGGCGACCAAUUCGCAGCGGGUACUUGACCAAGCGCGGGAAGAACUUUGGCGGCUGGAAGUCGAGGUUCUUUCUACUUGACGGGCCUCUCCUCAAGUACUACGAAACGCCCGGCGGUGCUCACCUUGGCACAAUCAAGCUUCAGGGCGCGCAGAUUGGCAAGCAGCAAAAUCAAGGUAGCGAAAGCCAGUCGCCAAGUCAGAGCGGGAACCCUGAGGAUUCGGAGAGUCAAUAUCGGCAUGCCUUCCUCAUCCUGGAGCCUAAGAAGAAAGAUUCGAGCACGCACGUCAAGCACGUGUUGUGCGCAGAAAACGACCGCGAGCGCGACCUAUGGGUUGAUGCGUUGCUACAAUGGAUCGACUUUGGCCGCGACGACAAUGACGGUCAUAAUCAGAAAUCGAACGGGACCUCGAAAUCUUCUUCGGGACGGCAAGGAAACAAGAGCAAGAAGGGGAGCGGUAGCCAGGCCAAAUCGAACCACCAUGCGGCUGACUCAGAUGCCCUCGUGGGGGUGCGAUAUGACGCAGUUCAGCCUGGAGAUGCACCCUCGAAUAGUUUGGCAGGCCGCCACAAACCGUCUGCCGGUCCUGGUGAAAGUUCGCAGUUGGCAGGCGACACGAUGAGUUCCCAGGUCAAGGUCAUCUCUGGACCCAAAGACCCACAGCCAAUAUCAGACACAGCUGCAUGGGGCAACAAGUCAGGCCUGACUGCCCCUACAUACGAAGAGAAGAAGGCUCGAAAACGUAGUUUCUUUGGCUUUGGGCCCAAGAUGCGCUCUAAUUCGGACGGGCAGGAUUCGAUCCCAGGCGUGGGCGACCUUCACAGCUCGACACCGCCAUCAGGGCAUUAUCAUGCCCAGACGCCAGUCCGCCCCGUCUUUGGCGCGCAGUUGGCUGAAGCGGUUCGGUUCUGCCCGCCGUCCGACGUGAAUGUACCACUGCCAUCGGUCGUUUACCGUUGUAUCCAGUACCUCGAUGCCAAGGACGCUGUGCUGGAAGAGGGUAUCUUCCGACUGAGCGGAUCCAAUUUGGUGAUACGUCAGCUUCACGAGCGCUUCAACGUGGAAGGCGACAUCAACUUGAUCACGGACGAGCAGUUCUACGAUAUCCACGCCAUAGCAUCGUUGCUAAAGCUAUACCUGCGAGAACUCCCAACGUCGAUCUUGACAAGCAAGCUUGCGCCUCAAUUCGAGCAAACAAAUGCCAUCCCUGAUCGUGCACAGAAGCUGGGGGCCCUGCGGGAGUUGGCGCAGAUGCUUCCCCUUCCCAACGCGACUCUACUCAAGUACCUUUUGGCUUUCCUCAUCAAAAUCAUCAACAAUUCCGACGUCAACAAGAUGACGGCGCGUAAUGUGGGCAUUGUGUUUUCGCCCACCUUGAAUGUACCGGCGCCUGUUUUUGCGACCAUGAUGCAGUACUACGACGCUGUUUUUGGUAUUCCGCCUGAGCAGUACGAGCUGCCAUUCUCAGGAUCAGAGCAGAGUAGCCAGGAUAUUUCGUCACGUUUCGAGCCACCAGCUCCUGCAAGGCCAUCAACGUCAUCUGGUACGCCUUCGCCCCAUCGCCAGACACGCAUUGAUUCAACGCGCGACUAUCAGAGGUCGACGCCGACGCCGCCACUGUCGAAUCUGAACCCAGCCCGCGAGUCGCCGACACCUCCUCUCAGCCAAGGUCACGGCCAUGACCAGAGGUACCACUCCCAGCGGCAAGAUCCUGGGGCACAUGCUCCUCGUGGCGCAUACGACGCAAUGUACGGCGCGCCUCCCAAGUCAGCUACGCACGGUGGCUUUCCGCCCCGGAACCAGUCUGCGGCUUACGACCGUGUGCAAUAUCAUCAGCAACCGUACCCAGAGAGCAGUUCAAAGUUGGCCGUGCAAGAUCAGACACACGGUGCUGGUAACCGCGGCCGACGCGAGAGUGCCAUGUACAUGGGUCUCCAAAACCAAAGCUCCAGAGGUUACCCCCGCGAGACACAGCGACAGUGA